CACGGUCAGCGGCGUUAAUAAGACGCCGGUUUGGAAGUUUGAACAGUGAGAGAGAGAUGCUGUUGGUGUGAAGAAGGGAAAUCAAGCUGGAAAACGCGAUAAAACCAUUUAAUAAAUCAGUAGUAUUAGUAAAGAAAGUGGUUAGGGUUGUUAUUGGGAGUCCAGCGGUCAGUUUGAGACAUUUAAACUGGACUAUGGUUCAGCAGACGGAACAUGGCGGACCGGGGAAUAUCAGCGGGACACGCGAGUCAGCCAAGCCGGCGGACGGCGACCUGCAGGCGGCCUCGACGCGCAGCCUCGUCCCGCUGAAACCGGACUGGUGCAAAACCGCUUCGGGUCACAUUAAAAGACCCAUGAACGCGUUCAUGGUGUGGUCCAAAGUGGAGAGGAGAAAGAUCAUGGAGCAGUCGCCGGACAUGCACAACGCGGAGAUCUCCAAACGGCUCGGGAAGCGCUGGAAAAUGUUAAAGGACACGGAAAAGAUCCCGUUCAUCCGGGAGGCGGAGCGGCUCCGGUUGAAGCACAUGGCCGACUACCCGGACUACAAGUACCGGCCCAAGAAGAAGCCCAAGACGGAGGGAUGUGCGUUUCCUCCGGGAGGGAAGACACCGGAGAAACCCGCCGUGAGACCGGUUAAUAAAACCCAAAACGCAAAGAAGAGAUUCUCCAAGUUAAAGCCGUUGAAACCGGUGGUGGUCCCGGUUCCGGUCCAGCAGCAGCAGCAGCACGCGGACCCCCGGUACCGCUACGUGUUGACCAGCAGCUUCAAACCCAGUAAGCCCGUUAAACUGGAGUUUACCGACGACGAGGAAGACGAUGAUGACGACGAUGAUGAAGAUUCCGAGCUGUACUCGGAGGAGGAGUUUAAAGCGGAGGACGAGCCGUGCCGUAGCGUGGCGCCCGGCGGCGGCGGCGGCGGCGAAGCCGGACGCCUUUUCUACAGCUUCAAGAACAUCACGCGGCAGCAGCCUUGCCGGCCUGGCUCCAGCCCCCCGCCUUACCCCCCCUCCCUCUCUCCGGCGUCGCGUUCUGAUUCGUCCUCGUCGUGCUGCGGCGAUGACCUGGACGACCUGUCGGGCGCCGAGGGCGGCGGCUUCACCCUGAGCCUCCUGGCCGGCUUCCACGCCACGUCUCUCUCCGCCGGCGCCGCCGCCGUGGCCGAGCCGUGGGGCGCCGGCGCCAACGCCAACGCCGCCAACCUCAGCCUCUCGCUGGUGGACAAGGACCUGGAUUCGUACGCCGGCGCCGGCGAGGGAAGCCGCGGCUCCCACUUCGACUUCCCGGAUUACUGCACGCCGGAGCUGAGCGAGAUGAUCGCGGGGAACUGGCUGGAGGCCAACUUCUCAGACCUGGUGUUCACCUAUUAAGUUAGCCAAACCAGCGCCAAACCAGCGCCAGAGGAGGGGGGGUGGUGGUGGUGGUGGUGGGGGAUGGCGUGCCAGAAACUGAGCAUCUGACAAAAACUUGAUUGAUUGGCGUUCGUGGGAUACUUCAACGGUUAACUUGGAGAACUGCGUGUUACUGGGUGUACUGGCCCUUUAAGAAGGUGUUUCAGACUCUGUGUGUGUGUGUGUGUGUGUGUGUGUGUUCGCUCUAAUCUGUCAGAUAUGAGAGACACAGACACACA